GCCGCGGAUACCGGAGGCGGGGACUGAGCGGAGCCGGAGCAAUGAGGAGAUGAAAUCUACAGUGAUUUACAGCUGAAGAACGGGGGCUGGACCCACUAGACAUCAGAUGCAUAUAUAUCCCGCACACCGAAACUUUUUUGGGCACUGACGGCAUCGUGCAAGGCGCAACUAUCAGCGGGGUAGCUUUGUAUGAAGAAUUAGAAAACAUGAUGGCAAAUAUUCUGAUUCUGAUUGGGAUAAUAACCAUGUCGUUGACGUUUUGGGUUGUGUCCAUGACAGCAAGUAGCUAUUAUGAUAAUCUACGACCUGUGUCACCCUGGCGAUGGAUGUUUUCGGUGAUAGUUCCACUGAUUAUUACUUCACACGCACUAAAGAACAAGAGUCUUGACUACAGUGGAGCAAUUGGAGCUCUGCUUGUUGGAAUCAUCCUCACAGUUGCCAACUUCAGUUUCUUUUCUGCAUUGCUAACUUUUUUUGUUAGCUCAUCCAAACUUACAAAAUGGAAAGCAGAAGCAAAGAAGCGUUUGGAUGCAGAAUAUCAGGAAGGGGGCCAGAGGAACUGGUUACAAGUAUUCUGUAAUGGCGGUAUUCCUACAGAAAUCGCCUUGCUUUAUAUGAUUGAAAAUGGGCCCGGAGAAAUCGCAAUUAAUUUUUCAAAACAGUACACUGCUUCUUGGAUGUGUCUGUCCCUCCUGGGUGCUCUGGCUUGCAGCUCAGGAGAUACAUGGGCAUCAGAGGUAGGAAGUGUGGCUAGCAAGAGGCAACCAAGGCUGAUAACCACUUGGGAAAAGGUACCCAUUGGUACAAAUGGAGGAGUCACUGUUGUGGGUCUUGUAGCAAGUAUACUUGGUGGAACAGUUGUUGGCUUAGCUUACCUACUAACUCAGUUUAUGUUUGUGGAGGAUCUGGGUCUUUCACCACCUCAGUGGCCAAUUGUUUUAUAUGGUGCCGUGGCAGGUUUCCUCGGUUCCAUUUUGGACUCCUAUCUCGGUGCCACAAUGCAGUAUUCAGGUUUUGAUGAAGACAGUGGAAUGGUUAUUAAUCACAUUACUCCAAAUGCAAAGCACAUAUCAGGGAAACCUAUCCUGGAUAACAAUGCUGUGAAUCUCUUCUCUACCAUCCUUAUUGCUCUGCUAUUGCCAGGAAUAACCUGGCCUAUGUGGCCAAGAAAACUAACAAUAUAGAAAGGUGUGAGAUGAGCAUCUAUUAAUGCAGUAUUCCCAUAACAGUUCAUGCUACUUUGAAUAAUGAACAUGCACUAAUAUACUUUUUAAGAGCUGAAUUUAGUUGUUGAAAUGAAUUCUUGGGAUCAUAACGUGAAGGUUUAGUUAUUGCAACCUUGGACAAAUUACAUGAUUCACUCAAAUCUUUUGUGUAUUACUUCUCAGUGAUCUAUGCUUAUUAUUAUUUUAGAAAGGUUUGUAAGUGGGUCAUAGAUGGGGUAGAAAGAAUGCUUUUCCCCAGGAAAAGGGAAUCCAAAACUAGAGGGCAGAGGUUUAUGGUUAGAGGAAGAAAUUUAAAAGAUCUAAGCGGCAGGUUUUUCAGAGGUUGGUGGUUAUAUCAGCUGCCAGAUGAAGAGGUACAGGUAGAUACAAGUAUGUUUAAGACCAUUUGGACAAGUACUUGGAUAGGAAAGAAGUAGACUAUUAUGGACCUAAAGCAGACAAAUUAGAUUUGUGCACAUAGGCAUCAUGGUCGAUGUGGACAGGUUGGUCCAUAGAGCUGUUACAGCUCCAAGACUAUUAUUAAACAUAGUCUCAUCAUUCCUGAGGCAUAGAAGCACAAAGCUCCCACGGGAAAACAAAAUGAUGGACACCACUAAAAAUCUUUCUUUUGUAAAAGCAUUGACAUUAACAUGAGUGGCCUUGACCUGUUCCACAACCACAGUUCAGAAAGCUUUUAAAAAUAAGCUUGGUAAGAGGCGGUGGAGGAGAGGUGGAUUCUGAGCAAGGUAGACAAGCUGGGAUUAUCACUUGCUUCCACACUAACUUUCAUACUAAUGAUUAUGUAAAUUGAAGGCCUUCCAAAUCUCACUUGCCCAAUUGUGUAUGUAAUAGAAUCACAAGAGACUGCUGGAAUCUGAAGCAAAAACAAACUGUUGGAGGGACUUCGUGGAUCGAGCAACAUCUAUGAGGGGAGAGAAAUUGUUGGCCUUUCGGGUCAAAACCUGCAUCAAGACCUGGAAUGUGGACCCAAGUCCUAAUGCAGGAUCUCGACCCGAAACGGCGAUAGUUUUCCUCCUGUCCCACUGAGACGCUGCUAGACUAACGGAGUUGGUUUUUGGUGUAUAAUAAAUUGACACGGUUCUUUUGCUAUUAGAGUCAUUGCUGCUGAAAUUGGUGAGAUUGAGAGAAUUUCUGAGGUUUUGCACUUAUCACCCAGAGUUCAGUGCUGCUCUCAUUCCAUAUCAUUAAGCCUGCCCUAAUUAGAGAGAGAGAAUAUACGGGACUGUUUCCUGAAGUUUUAGGCAGAAGUUUCCCUCGCACAUAGACACUACCGGAGAGGGCUGUGGAGAAAUAUGCAAUGUUUACUAAUGCCUGCAGUGAAUGAGCUCAUGAGUAUGUGGAUCAGUAGAUAACAAAUCCCACAGAUAAAGAGGACUGUGCUUUUUUUUAAAUGUAUAUUGACAUUCCUUUUGAAGAUGCUUCUGUUAAAACAGAAAUGCUUUGCAUUUUGUAAUAAUUCUUACUUUAUAAAAGUAUUUUAUUUGCACAUAAGAUUUGUCUGUAUAGAGUUUGUACUUUCUCCCUGUGACCGCAUGGGUUUUCUCCGGGUGUUUCAGUUUCUCCUUGCACUCCAAAAGGUUUGUAGGUAGUUACAGGUUUGUAGGUUAAUUGACUUUGAUAAAAUUGUAAAUUCUCCCCAAGUGUAGAAUAGUGUUAAUGUAGAGGGUGAUUGUUGGUCAGCGCUGACUCGGAGGGCCUGUUUCAUUCUGUAUCUAUAAAGUCUAAAAGGCUUAAAGCUGGUUGAGAGGGCCAGCAGCAUCUCAAUGUAUUAUUUCUUUCCAAAAACUAACAUCCAUCAACACAUCACUCCCUCAAUAAGAUUCUCAAUUGUCAAAAAAUAUUUUCUCCAAUUUCUUAAUUCAAAAUGUUCUGAAUCCAAAACUUCCCAAUUGAAAUGGCUAAUCCAAUUUAAUUUAAAUAAACCAAGGAUGAAGAAAAAUUAACAUGAAAUAUCCUGAUAAAUUGCUAUUUUUAUUGAACUAUGUUCAAAAACGAUUGUUGUCAUUAGAUUUCUAUGUUCUAUGAUGUGUUCAUAACUAGUUUCUGUAACCUUUUAUUUAGCUAAAUUGAUAUAAGUACAAAUUUUGUUCAUGACAAUUGCUGUAAACUGUAAAAUAUGUUUGAAUACUUAAUGUAUAUCUUCAGAUGUGUGCAAUUUUCCUAAUUUUUAGUUAUAGCUAUUAUGUUUUAUUUGUGCAAUCACAGAUAUAAUUUUGCUUAUCUGAAAUAAUACAGAUCAACACG